AUGGUCCCCAGAACAGAGGCAGUGUACCUUGAUGAUGCCACGCUGCGGACAUUAUCCACGGAGGUACUAUCCUCCCAGCCAAUAUCUUCACUCUGUGAGGAAGAGAAAAGCUUGGCCAAAAAUGUGCCUACGGAAGACAACGCAAUAAUCAUGCGCCAGACUAUCUUUUACGCACAAGGCGGCGGACAGCCCAGCGAUACCGGUGCAAUUGCACUAGUAGACCAAGAUCCCACAUUCGAAGUCUCGUUGGUACGCAAGACGCCUGAUGGACGAUUCCUACAUUUCGGAAAAUUCCUAGACGCUGCUUCUUCUUUUGUCGCGGGCCAACAAGUCGUGCAGAGGGUCGAUGACUCAAAACGCAACUAUCAUUCUCGGCUCCAUACGGCUGGCCACAUCAUUGGGCUGGCCAUGCAACUUCUAAUGCCGGAUAAGAAAAAGGUUAAGGCGAAUCAUUUCCCGAGAGAGGCUUCCAUGGAGUAUGAGGGGUUGUUGUAUAAUGAGCACAAGCCGGUCAUCCAGGAGAAGGUGGAUGAGCUUGUACGGCUGGAUCUGCCCAUUCCCAUUUCCUGGCUGCAGGGUGUCGCCCAGGUUGGGGAUGGGGAGGGUGCUGAAGAGGGCCGUUCUCAUGAUGGUCGUACCCGGAUUGCGAGUAUAGGUGGGCUUGAUCAUAAUCCCUGUGGUGGUACUCAUGUUGCGAGGACGAGCUUUGUUGGGUCUGUUACUAUCCGCAAGAUUAGUCGACAAAAGGGGAUUAGUCGGGUGUCUUAUGAUGUCUUUCCGGGAAUUGAGGUAUAG